AUGAGUUUAGUUCAUGUCUUUUUUUCUUUAAUUUUUGGGAUAUUGGCAUCUCUUGCCAUGUCCCGUACAAUCCUUGAGACCUCUAUUGUUGAAAAACAUGAGCAAUGGAUGGUUGACUACGGCCGAGAAUAUGAGAGCGAAUUAGAGAAGGAGAAACGUCUUAAUAUAUUCAAAGAGAACUUGGAAUAUAUUGAGAGCUUCAACAAUGGUGGAAAUAAGAGCUUUAAGCUAGGUUUAAAUGAAUAUGCAGACAUGACACAAGAUGAAUUCCUUGCAUCUCACACCGGAUAUAAGAUGCAAUAUUACCCCACAUUGUCCAAAUCAACAUCAUAUAAGUAUGAAAAUUUUUCAGAUUUUCCCAACUCAAUGAUGGCUGCAGGCUUGGAUAUAAACUUUGAUUGGAGGGACCAUGGUGCCGUCACUCCUGUUAAGCAGCAGGGCAAAUGUAACUGUUGUUGGGCAUUUUCAGCAGUGGCAGCCAUUGAAGGGAUAAUCCAAAUCAAAACAGGGAAAUUAAUCUCAUUAUCGGAGCAACAAUUGUUGGAUUGCAGCACAAAUGGAGGGAACAAAGGGUGCGACGGUGGACUGAUGACGAAUGCUUAUGAUUACAUCACCCAAAACCAAGGGAUAACCACCGAAAAAUACUACCCAUAUCUCGAAAUCCAAGAAGCUUGCGACUCUGUGAAACAGUCGAUCAAAGCAGCCACCCUCAAUGGCUACGAAACAUUGCCUGUAAACGAUGAAAACGCCAUGUUUAAGGCGGUGGCGAAUCAACCUGUGUCCGUUGGAAUCGAUGGGAGUGGACAAGCCUUUCGGUUUUUUCAAGGUGGUGGAGUGUUUAAUGGAGAUUGUGGCAGUGAUUUAAAACAUGCAGUCACCAUUGUUGGAUACGGGACGAGUGAAGAAGGGGUAGACUAUUGGAUCGUGAAGAAUUCAUGGGGAGGAAAUUCGGGUGAGAAUGGGUUUAUGAAGAUUCAAAGAGGGGUGAAUAAAUGUGGUAUCGCCAUGCGAGCUUCUUAUCCAGUUGCAUGA